GAGACGGAGCGAAGUUUGGAAGAAGUGAGCCGCUGCCGAGAGCUCAGAAAGUUUGUUUUUCCUUCAUAGCCUGGGAGCUGGGAGAGCUGAAAGCAGAGACUGCUUGAGGACGGCGCUGGCGCAUGUGUCCCGCGGGACUGAUCUCCCUUUCCUUGCAGGUUCUAAGCCCCGGAGGAUACAAUGUUCACUAAACUCUUCCAGCAGUGGAGUUUUGCAGUGUUUCUGCUGAGCUAUUCCGUGCCCUCUUACGGCAGAUCAGUAGAGGGGAUCAGCCGCAGACUCAAACGAGCUGUCUCGGAGCACCAGCUGUUGCACGACAAAGGCAAGUCGAUCCAAGACUUACGGAGAAGAAUAUUCCUUCAGAAUUUAAUCGAAGGCGUCAACACGGCGGAAAUCCGCGCGACCUCCGAGGUGUCGCCUAACCCCAAGCCUGCCACCAACACAAAGAACUACCCUGUCCGCUUCGGCAGCGAAGACGAGGGCAGAUACCUAACUCAGGAGACAAACAAAUCCCAGACCUACAAGGAGCAGCCCUUGAAGGUGUCGGGGAAGAAGAAGAAAGCAAAGCCUGGGAAGCGCAAGGAGCAAGAGAAGAAGAAGAGGCGAGCCCGCUCAGCUCGGCUGAACCCCAGCACGCUGGGAAGAGCUGGGACUGUGAGCCCGCUCCUGGGCAGCUCUGCUCCUACACACAAUCACACCUGGAGGAGGCGCUGACGUUUCCAGCAAGCGAUUCUUGGAAGACUUAUUGCAGUAUUCUGUAAUAGUGAACAUAUGGGAAGUAUUAAAAUAUUUAUUACCUGUAAAUACUGUAAAUGCUCAGAAUAAAACCUUCUCCUCCCCCCUCCCACCCCCCUGCUCUCUGAAACUGCACAUUUGGUUAUUGUGAAUUUUCUUC